AUGUCAAUGGGAUUCCUCCUUCCACCGCAGUCAUCAGGAUCCAAUGCUGAUACUCCGGUCGUGUGGCGCGGACUUAUGGUCAUGAAGGCGGUCCAGCAACUGCUGUUCGACGUCGAUUGGCGCGCUGGUAUGACGCCUGAUUCAGAUCCCAUGGCACCCGGACACGAGUCGCUCGAUGUGCUUGUGAUCGACAUGCCGCCGGGCACUGGCGACGUCGCACUGAGUUUGAGCCAACUCGUGCUGGUCGACGGCGCGGUGAUUGUAAGCACACCGCAAGAAGUUGCUCUUGUCGACGCGCGUAAGGGCAUCACUAUGUUUCAAAAAGUUCAAGUCCCGAUUUUGGGGCUUGUCCUCAAUAUGGCGCAUUUUCUUGCACCCGACACAGGAAAAACAUAUCCCAUUUUUGGGUCCGCACAGUCUUUUGAAGCUCUCGCGCAUCGACUCAAUGUUCCUGUUCUUGGCCGCAUCCCUCUCGAAAUGCAUAUGUGCUACGGUAGUGACCAGGGCAUACCUGAAGUACUUCGUCCACAUAGCGACGCGCCUGGCUCAGCUCAGGCUUCCCUGCUGAGCAUGGCUCGGCGUACAUGGGCUCAGCUGGCUAAAGCAGAUAAUGCAAAGCAUGCGCCCUCGUCCUCUUCUUCAUAA